AUGUUCUGCAUCGAGAAGCAUGCCGACGACAACCUUACCCUGGCUGCGGUAGAGCUCGGAGCUGUUUGUAGGCUGGCGCCAGUUAUUUCUGUUAUGCCGUUUGGCUUCUUGCGAGCGACCGACGAGGAGGUGCUACAGCAGUACGAUGCCUUCUGCCGAAGAUUUGGGCGUUCGCUCGAGAGGCGAACCACAAAGGUCAAGGACGAGCCCAAGGCGGUGACGUCCAUGCAGGCGGUCCCGCCCACCAAGGGGUCCACCGCCUUUGCGAAGCACCUGGCGUGGCCACUGCCGCCCCAGCAGACGGUGCAGCUGCCGCUGCAGCUGCCGCUGGAGGACCCCAAGGGGAGGUCCGGAAGGCAAGGGCGGUCACGUCCGAGGGCGGCCAGCUCUGCGGCGGGCCGCGUGGCCGAGGCGGGGGGCUUCUCUUCGGCUGCUGCGGCGGCCCGGCGGCGGCGGCGGAGGAGAGCACCGAGGCCGCCGCGUGGUCCGCAGGGCCGGCCGGCCUCGAGAGCGAGGUGA